CCAAAUAAGCGACAUUUUUUCCUUAACGCAGUCAAAUCAUUAACACCUGCAGCCAAACUUGAACUUGGGCCAAAAUGGAUAUUACGGAUGUGGACUUCUUCACUCAUUUGAGUGCUCUUCGGAGUGGGGGGGUCCUAGACAUAUAUUCCAAGGGAUGGUUUGAGUGCCACAAGAGCCUAGUCUCGAUCAACCUCUACCUCCACCGCAACAGUGACAUGCUGGACACCAUCGGGGACGAACGGGUGGACGCCCUCAUGGGGAAGUUUGAAAUACUGCUUAGGGAACUAAUCACCACCUACUUCGUCCGAUUUCUCCACUCGGAAGAAUUAACAAAGUGUAGCAAAGACAAAUCAUUGCCACAAGAAGUGGGGGGAAGCGAACUGCAGAGUGCCAGCGGAGGUCCAAAAAACGGAGAUGACACAACUGCGCAGAAUCGCAUCUCCAGUUACAUAUCGCUGUACCACGAAGUGACAUUACUGAACAUCUUCGAGAGGGUCCUAUGCGCAGAUCACGCAUAUGACAAAAUAGACAGCCACAUGAUAAACCUCUUUGCGUAUCUUUACUCCAAUUUGGUGGCCUUCCUGAAGAGCAAUUCAGAGGAGUACUUUGUUAAGCCCAUAAGCGAGAUGUCCAUAAGCGAGAUGCUGAAGGAAGAAAACGACAAGUCGCAAAACAUAGACAGACUGAAAAUAUACAUCAGUGUUAUCAACGCCCUGCGGAACAUAACGGACAGGAUUCAUCUCCUCAACAACACAGUCAUCAAUAAGAUAGUGGAUUACGAUAUUUUGCUAAUUUUAAUUCCUCUCCUGGAGAAGAGACCGUGGGCACACGACAACUACGUGUUUGAAGGAAAUGAGUGGGUAAAACGGGAAGGAAGCACCUUAUGUACGAUUGAGAAACAGCACCUGUACAUUUCCAAGAGCGUCUUCCCGGAAAACAAAAACUCCUACCUGAUCAUCGACGUGCCGCCUCAUCGACGCUCCCCUUUUCACUCUGGACAGGUGCCGGAAAUCUUUGAAGAAAUCAAAGAGGACGUGCUGAAGAACAAAAGGAGAUUAGCAUCCCUCCUGAGCAGCGUCACCAUCGAGAGGGACCUUUUGGGAAGCAUUUCUGACAUGUACCUCUCCGUGUAUGAAUUUGACCAGCAGGCUGGGAAGGGCGCAAAGAAGGACACCCAUGGCGGUCCUCACUCGAAUGACGAAAAGGGCGCGAACGACAAACGGGGAGAAGCAUCAGCAGAGGGUGAAGCAAAGGAGGAGCCUUUCCUCUGCGACAGCUGCAAGGAGAUUGCCGAACUACAAUGCUCGCAGUGCAAACGGGCGUACUACUGCUCGAAGGAAUGCCAAGUGGGUUUCAGCCACGAGCAAAUGAAGGACUGGUUUCACCACAGAGAGGUCUGCUCAUACGUGACAUAA